GCAAAAUCCAGACUCUUCUUCUUCUCACUAUAAAUAUGCUUCGCAAACUCUCAAUUUCAUCAUCCAGUUGUAGUUCAAGUCUCUCUUUAUUUGUGUUCAUUCGCUAAUACCUUUUUAGUUUUCAGUUACCUUAAUCAUCCAAAAAAAAAACAAUGUCGCUCAUUCCAAGCUUCGGUGGUCGACGAACCAAUGUCUUCGAUCCCUUCUCUCUCGACAUUUUCGAUCCAUUCGAUGGAUUCUUCAACUCCACACUCGCCAACUAUCCUUCUUCUGCAGCACGCGAAACCUCGGCAUUCGCCAACACGAGGAUUGAUUGGAAAGAGACACCGGAAGCUCACGUUUUCAAAGCCGAUCUUCCGGGCCUGAAGAAAGAGGAAGUGAAAGUCGAGGUCGAAGAGGGUAGGGUUCUCCAGAUCAGUGGAGAGAGAAGCAAGGAACAAGAGGAGAAGAACGAUAAGUGGCACCGCGUGGAGAGAAGCAGUGGGAAGUUUCUGAGGAGGUUCCGGUUGCCGGAGAAUUCAAAGAUGGAUGAGGUGAAAGCCAGCAUGGAGAAUGGAGUGCUGACUGUGACUGUGCCUAAGGUGGAGGUGGAGAAGAAGCAGGAGGCCAAGACCAUUGAGAUCUCUGGGUUCAAGGAGUUUGUGAAAGAUGAUCUUGUAAGUGAUUUUAUGUUGAAUGUGAGUGUUUAUCUUUUGAGUUGUUCAAUGUUUUUCUCUUGA